AUGAACAUUUAUUAACAAAAUUAAUCAGCACUUAAAACUGCUUUUAUAUUAUAAGCUAUUUUAACUGAAUAAAAGAUUAUCUUUUUAAAGUAAUCCUUAAAUAAGGCCUAAAGAGAUGUAAUAUUAUAUUUAAUAAAAUCUAGUUAAAUGAAUUGAGAUUUCAACAAAAUCAUUUGUAGUCUAAAGGAGAGGAUUUGAUUUCAAAUCAUCAAAAAAAUCAAAGGAAACUUUUGAAAUAAGUAGAUGAAUUACAAUAAUUGAUAACAAAACUUAAUCUUAAAUAAGAUUAGAUUAAUUAAUUACAGCUUUCAAAUAUGAUAUUUGGAAUGAUCAAAUUGAAAGGUANAAAUUUAUAUUAGACAUGAAGAUUCAAGAUUCAAUCCUUUCCAUUUAAAUAGUUUAAGUGUUGCCAUGAUUUAUAAAUAUCUUUAAGAUAAAAUAGAGAUCCCUGAGUAAAUAACAAUGAAAUAAAUAUCUAAUUUAAUAGAAAAGGAGCAUGAUAAUAUUAAAAAAGAACCAUUAUUAAUUAAAUAAUAAUAAGUUAGUUAAUUUCAUAUAUUUACCAUUGAGAGAUUUAUAUUCAAUAAAAUAUUUGAUUAGAUGAUGAAUUAUUAUAUAGAAAAAUAUCAAGAAAGAUAAAAUUAAGUAGAUCUAAAAAAGAAGCAAUUAAAAGAAAAAUAUUCUAAAGAAGAUUUAAUAAAAUCAUUGGAAAUUAAAAAUCAAUAUUUACCUAAUUCAGAUAUACCAUAUUUUGAAGCAAUAAAUGAAUUAAAAUUAAUUAAUCUCUACAAAACUCCUACCGAAAUGUUGAAAUAAUUUUAAUAUGUCCUAGUAUUAAUUAGAGGAGUUGCUUUUGAAUGUAAUCAAAAGGAAGAAAUAAUUGCUAUGGAUGAUGAAUUACCAAUUUUAAUUUGGGUAGCUUUAAUAAGUGAUGUUCCUAAUCUUUAUGCAAAAAUAUAGUUUGUUGAUGAUUAUAUAUAGGAAAUUGAAAAUGAAAAGAGAAUCUUAACUAAUUUAAGAGUAUCUUUAGAUUAUAUUUCUAAAGAAUGGAAAUUAUGA